AUGACUCUAAUUUCUAAAGGCUCUUGGAUUUGGAGGAAAUUAUUAAAACUGAGGGAUAUCGCUUAUCACUACCUCAAGGUGGACAUAAGGGAUGGAAGAAGCUGUCAUUUCUGGUUUGAUGAUUGGUUGGGAAGGGGUCGCUUGAUAGAUAUCACUGGAGCUGCAGGAACUAUUUAUCUUGGAGUUCAAAGGCACGCCAUGGUCAGUGACGCGGUAACAACGGCUGGAUGGAAAAUACGGGGUGGGAGAAGCAGACAUUUUCAAGAGCUUCACAAUGUCAUUAUUGCAACAAACGUUCCUCAGACGGAGAGAGGCAGAGAUGUAGUGCUAUGGAGGCACAGAGAUGAUGAUUUCAGGGAUACUUUUUCAUCUUCUAAUACGUGGGAUCAGCUUAGAACAAAGCGCACUAAAGUCGACUGGUACAGAGUGGUGUGGUUUCCACAAGGAGUGCCGCGCUACUCUUUCAUCACCUGGCUAGCUAUAAAAAAUAGGCUAUCUACUGGUGAUCGCAUGAGGCAAUGGGGGAUGCUCCAAGGUUGUGAGCUAUGUGGAGAAAGGGAUGAGACAAGAGAUCAUUUGUUUUUUGCAUGCCCAUAUUCAUACACUAUUUGGAAAGUAACAGCACGUAAAUUGAUGGGCUCUGGUGUCAAUCUGGAUUGGCAGUGGACAAUACAGCGUUUGGAGACAAUAGACACUCAUCUAUCACAUAUGGCGAGAGAGGAACGCCAGGCGCCACCAGCAACCUCGAAACUCCAUAGAACAGAUGCGCAGGCUCAUAGACAAGGCUAUGAGAAACAGGAUAUAUUCCCUUAA